AUGGAUUGCUUCUCUUGCUGCUUCUCCACUCUCAUUUCCAGCCUUGUUCUUCUUGUUCUUGUGAGUUAUAAAGGUGGUGUACUAGCUGCUACCUUCACUUUUGCAAACAAAUGUGAGUACACAGUUUGGCCAGGAAUUCUAGCCAAUGCAGGCAGUCCUAGACUUGACAGCACUGGAUUCGAGCUCCCACGAGACUCUUCUCGUUCGUUUAUAGCCCCAACUGGUUGGUCUGGCCGUUUUUGGGCUAGAACCGGCUGUAAUUUUGAUGAAUCUGGAGCAGGGACAUGCUCAACUGGUGAUUGCGGGUCAGGUCAAGUUGAAUGUAACGGGCUUGGAGCUGCUCCACCUGCUACAUUAGCAGAGUUCACACUGGGGUCGGGUGGACAAGAUUUUUAUGAUGUUAGUCUAGUAGAUGGGUACAAUUUACCAAUGGUCGUUGAAGGUAAUGGCGGGUCGGGUAUGUGUGCUUCAACGGGUUGUACAUCGGAUCUUAACAGUCAGUGUCCACAAGAACUGAAGAGCGGUGAAGGUGAUGCGUGUAAGAGCGCGUGUGAAGCUUUUGGUAGCCCUGAGUACUGUUGUAGUGGCGCGUUUAAUACACCUGCCACUUGUAAACCUUCUGUUUAUUCAGAGAUGUUUAAGGCUGCCUGUCCCAAAUCUUACAGUUACGCUUAUGAUGAUGCUACUAGCACUUUUACCUGUAGUGGUGCUGAUUAUACAGUGACCUUUUGCCCUUCCUCUCUAAGUCAGAAAUCUUCAAGCACCUCAACACCAACGACAGAAGGAACGACAACAUCACAGGGGUCUGGUACAGGUUCCGGGGUGGAGUAUGCGGGCAGUGGUUCAGGUACUGAAUCUGGGGCAGGAUCUGGAACUGGAUCUGGAGGAGAAACCAUGGUAGAAGAUGGGUCCUGGUUAGCUGGUUUGGCCAUGGGAGACUCAUAUAAGACAGCUUCUCCUUCUGUUCUCCAAUCAGCAAUAAUGGCUUUUACAACAACUCUAGUCCUUAGUGUUGCCUUUCUUUACUUGUAG